AGUAAUCCUCUUUUGAAUAAAGUUAUAGUAAUUCAACUGAUUUGUAAUCAAUGUCAAGUAGAAGAAGGGCUUAUCCGCAGCCUCAAUAUGCUCUUGAUGCAUCAGCACCACCAUCAGCGCUAACUUCCCCUUUACAAGGCAAUCCAUAUCAAUUUCAACAACAGCCACCUGUAACUGGGCUAGGAAUUCCACAACAAGGAAGUUUUGAUCACACAACUCAAGAAUUUCAAAACAUUCGUAUUUCUCGUUCAAAUAGUAAUACUAAUAGCCCUUAUGUGGCAUCAUCUAAUCAAUUUGCACCAUUUCAGCAACAGGAUGGACCCAACAGUCCUCAAACAACACAGUUUUCAUUUCAAAAUCAACCAUUUCAACAACAAAAUACUGCUUCUAGUAAUUUAUAUACCCAAUCCAAUGGUCUUUCAAUACCUUUGAAUCAAUUAUAUACUACAGAUUUAUCUAGAGAAUUACCACCUCCAAUUUCUGAUUUAGCUCUAACUCCACCUCCUAUAGUUCUACCACCUAAUAUUGCCAUAAAUCCAAAUUCAGAAAGUUCAAAUGCUUCCCCAGAUUACUUUAGAUCAACAUUAAAUGUUAUUCCGAACAGUUCAUCUUUACUUAAAAAAUCUAAAUUACCUUUGGCUUUGAUCCUUAAGCCAUAUCGGGCCUUAACCAUUCAAGAUGAAGAUAUUCCAGUCACAUCGGAUACAUAUAUUAGUAGAUGCCGUCGUUGUAAAGGGUAUAUAAACCCAUUUGUAAGUUUUGUUGAAAAUGGAAGAAGGUGGAGAUGUAACUUUUGUAACUUGUUGAAUGAUAUUCCUUCAAACUUUGAAUAUGAUGAAAUCAGUGGACAAGUUAAGAACAAAUUUGAUAGAGUUGAAUUGAACCAUGCUGUAGUUGAAUUCCUUGCUCCUAAAGAAUAUAUGGUAAGGACACCUCCUCCCAUUGUUUAUACCUUUAUUAUUGACGUGUCUGUUAGUGCAGUACAAAGUGGAUUAACUGGAACUAUUACUAGAACCAUUUUAGAAAGUUUAGAUAGAAUCCCAAAUACUAAUAAAACUGCCAAAGUUGCAUUUAUUGGGGUUGAUUCUAGUUUACAUUAUUUUAGAUUCAAUGAAGGAUUAGAUGGAGUUGAAUCAUUGAUCGUUUCUGAUAUUGAAGAACCAUUCCUACCUGCACCUGAGGGUCUUUUAAUCAACUUGGAUGAAAGUAGACCAGCCAUUGAAAGGUUUUUGCUUGAUUUUCCAACUUAUUUUGAAGAUACCUCAGUGCAAGGAUUUGCCUUGGGUCCAGCUCUAAAGGCAGGCCACAAAUUAAUAAGUAAUAUUGGAGGUAAAUUAAUAUGCUUUACAGCGUCAUUACCAUCUAUCGGUGAAGGUAAAUUGUCUGUCAGAGAUGAAGCCAGUGUAUCUGGAAAACCAAAGGAAGCCAAAAUCUUGUUAUCACUAGCUGAAAACUUUUACAAAUCAUUUGCCGUACAAUGUAACUCAUCUCAAGUUACUGUUGACUUAUUUUUAACUUCUUCUGCCUAUCAAGAUGUUGCCACCUUGUCCAACUUACCUCGUUAUACUGCUGGUCAAACACACUUCUAUCCCGCAUGGACUAGUGCUAAAUAUGAAGAUGUUACUAAAUUAUCCAAAGAAGUAAGUGAUCACUUAUCACAAGAUAUUGCCAUGGAAGCAGUUUUAAAAGUCAGAGGAUCUAUUGGAUUUAGUAUGAAUUCAUUUUAUGGAAAUUUCUUUAACAGAUCUUCAGAUUUAUGUUCAUUUCCUACAUUUCCAAGAGAUCAAAGUUAUUGUAUUGAAAUCUCCAUGGACGAAACUAUUACGAAGCCGGUUGUUUUCUUUCAAGCUGCGAUAUUGCAUUCUACAUCUUUUGGUGAAAGAAGAGUUAGAUUAUUCAACUUGGCAAUCCCUAUUUCUAGUAAGUUGAACGAUAUUUAUGCUUCAGCUGAUCAAUUGGCGAUCACGAAUUUUUACACUCAUAAAGCUAUUGAGAAAGCUUUAGCUUCAUCCUUGCCUGAUGCAAGAAACUAUUUGAGCACGAAAGUUGUUGAGUUAUUGAAUGUAUAUAAAAAAGAGUUGGUAGCUGGCAAUGUUUCUGGAGCUUCUCCAUUACAAUUGUCUACAAAUUUAAGAAUGUUACCAUUAUUAUUAUUCUCGUUGACUAAGCAUUUGGGUUUCAGAGCUGAAAGAGUUCCAUCUGACCACAGAGCCUCUGCUCUCAAUGAUCUUGGAACCAUGCCAAUUAACCAAUUGGUGAAAUCUAUUUACCCAACUGUAUAUGCAUUACAUGAUAUGCCUGAUCAAUGUGGAUUACCAGAAAGAUUAAUCGAAUUUAAUGAAGAAACUGGCGAAGAAGAAGAAGUUGUUUCUACAAAUAUUUUAUUACCUGAACCAAUUAAUGCUACUAAAUCUUCAUGGGAAAAUUAUGGUUUGUAUUUAGUAGACAAUUCAAGCGAAUUAUUCUUAUGGAUUUCUGGUAACGUUGUUCCAGGAUUAAUCCAGGAUUUAUUUGGAACAGAUAAUUUAUAUGCUAUUGCCACUGGUAAAACCGAAUUACCAGAAUUCACUAUUGAUGAAUCCGAGUUCAAUUAUAGAGUUCGUCAAAUAAUAGGAAAGAUCAGAGAUCAAAAUGACUCUAUUACAUGGAAGAAUUUAUAUGUCGUUAUUGGAGGAUGUUCCAAUGAACCAAUUGAAAUAUCCCAACAACGUGAUCUUAUGGCUUUAAGAAUGUGGACAUUCAGUUGCUUGGUUGAAGAUAAGAAUGGUAAUGAAGUAUCAUACAGAGAUUUCUUAACUUCAUUAAAAUCCAGAGUUUCACAAUAAACACAAUAA